CGAUCAUGCAUCAGUUAGUUACGGGACUAAUAAGAACAACAAACAUGUUCAGGCUGGUGGUUUUGUCUGUUGUGCUGGCGGUAGCAGCCGCUAACCCCAACGGUGUUUGGGGAGGUCUGGCUACACCUCUGGCUGCGUCUUGGGCUGGUGUUGCCACACCCUGGGCUGCAGGAGUGGCCGCUCCUCUGGCUGUGGCUGCCCCCGUCGGUGCAUCGAACUACAGAGGCCCACUGUCGCUUGCCCCCGGUCAGCCUGCCAACAUACUGGCCGCUGACGGCAGGCCCCUGGACACCCUCAGUGUUAACUUGGAUCGCGCUGUUCACUACACCGCCAAAGCCGUCGAAGGUAGCGGACACUGGCUGAAGAAGAGGUCCAUCGUAGCCGCUCCUUUGGCCGCUGCCCCUGUUGUCGCUGCUCCCCUUGCUUGGGGUCGCUCAUGGGCUGCCCCCGCUCCCGUCGCAGUCGCCGCUGCCCCCAUCGCCCCAUGGGGUUUGGGUGUCGGUGCCCGUGUGGGACUUUGGUAAACGAACAAAGGCUAGUCUAAUUUGAUCAUUGCAUAAUAUAAAGAGAGUUACCAAA